AUGGCGGAUGCAAAGCAGCCAAAGGAAUUCGCGAUCACCAUCAUCGAGGAUCCUGCAGACAACACCUACGAUGCGCAGCUUUCCCCGCCAGCCAAGUGCUCGCAGCCGGAACAUGCCUCUCUCAGUAUACUGCCGCGACUAUCAGCUUUCAUUCACGAAUGGACACCGUUUCUCCUUGUGGCGUCCUACUUCGUCUUCUCAACCUGCAUCUACAUGGUAUGCGAUGAGAAACUCAUCGGGAUCUUCUGGUUCGUCUACCUAGCAACCAACUUCUACAUUGCAGGUUCAACAGUCCUGGAAGCUUUCAUGAGCAUCACGCCGUGCAAGGAAGCGAGGAAAGCUGUCGAGAAACCCCAAGACAACAACUGGGUAUUUCCAACUCCAGACGAGAAGCUUCCGAUCUUGGAUCUUCUCAUAGUCGCCUAUCUUCCGAAUGAGAAGGAUAUCAUUAUGGACCGUGUCUUUUAUGCGCUCGAGAGGAUCGUAUAUCCCAGAGAAAGGAUUAGGAUCAACGUGCUGUACAACACGCCAAAACCAAUUGAGCCACUGGAGACGGAGCUACGCAACCUCGCUUACAAGUACUCCCAGUUGCGCGUGAUCAAAGUCCCCAACUCCAGCUCCAAGGCGGACAACCUGAAUUACUAUUUCACACUGGAAACUGGCGCAGACCUCAUUGCCAUCUUUGACUGUGAUCACUAUCCGCAUCCGCAUGGGCCUCGCUGGGCGGCCGAGCGGUUUUGUCAAGAUGCAACCGUCGAUAUCGUUCAAGGACGUUGUGUUGUUUUCAACACUUCCGCCUCCUUCCUCGCCGGCAUGAUAAGCGUAGAAUUCGACAAGAUUUACGCAGUUUCCCAUCCCGGCCGAGCGGCGAUUUGGGGCUUUGGCUUGUUUUGCGGUUCCAACGGCUACUGGCGUGCGACUCUGCUUCGCGAUCUGAAGAUGGACGGAGACAUGUUGACGGAAGAUAUUGAUUCUGCGUUAAGGGCAGUAUCCAGGGGAGCGAACACUGUGCACGAGCUGAACGCUGUGUCGUACGAGUUGGCACCCACAACACUACCGGCUUUCUGGAAGCAGCGGCUUCGCUGGGCACAGGGCUGGGCUCAAGCCAGUAUGAAGCACUUAAAGCUCUCUUACCAGAAGUCUCCGGAAGGAUACAAUAGGAGUUUCACUGUGAGAUUCGGCCUGUUUUCGCUACUGCUCAUCCGCGAGUGGUCAUACUAUCUGGUAACGCAAUAUACAUGUCUAGUGGCAAGCUUCGUAAUCACGAAGUUCCCAAUGACGCCGUUUGAGCUUGCGCGGCUGGUCUACUUCCAGUAUCCAGUGUCUCAGUGGCUGUUUAUUAUCAGCUUCUUAUGCCUAAUCGCUACACUUUGGAUCACCGCUCGAGUCAGGUCCGAGUUCGUAACGGUCCGAACGCUGAUCACGUUUUCAAUCGUCUAUCCCUUCUACUUGGUAUUUUCGGCAACGAUAGGACUGUACGGCCACGCGAGACAGGUUGUCAGAUACUCCUCCUGGAACCCUACAGCACGAACAUAA